GAGUGCGUGCAGCGCCUCAAGGCCGCCAUUGGCAAGACGACCAGGUCGCCCUUGACGAUCGUUGCCGCGGCGGUCGACUCCGACACGUGGUGCUCCCAGAUGUUGUCCGACUACAUCGAGUACGCCCCUGGCUUGCUCAAGUACCACGCGCGCGUCGCCGAGCUGAGCAGUUGGGCCGACACCUUCGAGGCAGGCGCGGGCACAUACGACACGCUGGCCGAGCACAUCAAGGAGGUGUCCAUCAUGAAGGCCCAAUUGCGCCCUCAGUCGGUGAACUUCCUGGACGGUAAGAUGGCAGCCGCCCUCGCUGCACAGCACGCCCGCUUCGCUGCCUCUGUUGCGGGGCCAGGUACGAUGCAGAGGUGGAGUGCCGUGCUCGCCGAGGCGUCUGCGUUGCUGCCGCUCGACAGGCAGGUGGACGAGUGGAAGACCCAGAGCGCUGCGUCGUUGGCCAAGUUCGAUCAAGCUUCCAAGAUCGAGGCGAUCUGCAUGCUGUGCGAGGUGGUCCUCAACGUCGCCACGCGCGGCCCGCAUGCAUCCACGUUGGAGCUCGUCGCGUCGAAGAUCCAGCCGUUGUUCAACGCAGUGAGUGGCGCACUCAUCGAGUGCAGCGCCCUCGAGGAUGCCGAGAUCGCGACCAUCUCAGAGUGCGCCAUUGCGCUGUCCGAGUCGGUGGCGUUCGAGAUGACAAUGGCCAACGUCGGCUUGCUCAACAUGGCUGGCGCGUUGCACGUCCUGGACCUCGCCUCCAAGCUGACCCAGCUAUUGGGUGACCGCGCCAGCCAGACCUUCUACGUCGCCCACUUGCAGAAGACGAUCAACAUGCUGGACGCAUGGGGCAUGAUGACGCCCCUCGCCGACAUGCGCACGAAGGAUGAGCUGGUCGAGGGCAUCUCGGCGUUCGCUGAGUUCCCUGCCAAGCUCGAGGCACUCACCCAGACGGCGUCUGAGCUCGCCGAGUUGAGCUUGACAGUGCCACCCGCGGCCAGCUACGCUGCCGACAGGAUCAAGGCCUUCUACGCCGAGAGUUCGGACCGCCUGCGGAGCAUCCUGAGCGCCAACUUGGCUGGGGCGAUUGCUGGCCUCGUGAAGGUGGCCACUUGCCUGGCCGACAUGGCCAAGGGCGCGCAGCAGGGCGACGGCGACCAGACGAUCCCGUGGCAGGAGUCGUUCAAAGGCAAGAGCUGGGACGAGCUCCUGGCGCACGCCGAGGUGACGCUGCUCACGCUCAACCCCAAGGCGCUCGAGUCUUGCAUCGACGAGACGAAGAAGGCCCUCCAGAUGUACCAAGCUGCUGCCGCAGUUGGCGGUGGCGAGCCCGACGCACAGCUCGUCGGCAAAGUGCAGAACACCAUCCUGGAUGGCCACAUCACGAAACUCAGCGGCGUCCUCUGCCACAAGGUCAAGACCAUCGCGGACCUCGGUCCGCUCCGUGAUGCCGCCCAGAGCGAAAUGCUUCAUUUCCGUAGGGAGACGGGCAUGAAAAAGGAGAAGGAGCUUCUCCACCCUGUGCUGCUCGCCAGGGCGAUGCAGGCCCUCAAGAAGACGUAG